GAUUGUCCGCGUGCGCAGGCGGAAGUUCCCGGAUCAAGGAGCCGCCAUCUUUCCCGGGCUCGGCUAGAGAGACAGAGGCGCUGCUGGGAGACGGACACUUACAAUCGGCUUCCAUCCGCCCAGUAGAUCACCCCUAACAGCCGCUAGCUACCGCCAUGGAUGACCGAGAGGACCUAGUGUACCAAGCCAAGCUGGCCGAACAGGCUGAGCGAUACGACGAAAUGGUUGAGUCUAUGAAGAAAGUGGCCGGCAUGGAUGUGGAAUUGACAGUAGAAGAAAGGAAUUUGCUCUCCGUUGCAUAUAAAAAUGUGAUUGGAGCUCGAAGAGCGUCCUGGAGAAUAAUCAGCAGCAUUGAACAGAAAGAGGAGAACAAAGGAGGAGAAGAUAAACUCAAAAUGAUCAAGGAAUAUCGGACAAUGGUUGAGACUGAAUUGAAAUCUAUCUGUAAUGACAUUCUGGAUGUACUGGACAAGCACCUCAUUCCAGCUGCAAACAGUGGGGAGUCUAAAGUUUUUUACUAUAAAAUGAAAGGAGACUACCACCGAUAUCUGGCAGAGUUUGCCAUUGGCAAUGACCGGAAGGAGGCUGCAGAGAAUAGCUUGGUAGCUUAUAAGGCUGCAAGUGAUAUUGCAAUGACAGAACUUCCUCCAACACAUCCUAUUCGUUUAGGCCUCGCACUCAAUUUCUCCGUGUUCUACUAUGAAAUUCUUAAUUCCCCUGACCGUGCAUGCAGGUUGGCAAAAGCAGCAUUCGAUGAUGCAAUUGCAGAACUGGAUACACUGAGCGAAGAAAGUUACAAGGACUCCACGCUUAUCAUGCAAUUGUUACGUGAUAAUCUGACACUAUGGACUUCAGAUAUGCAAGGAGAUGAUUCCUAAAGGAAAAUCCACGUGUCCCUUUCCUAAAUAUUCUUUGUGAAGAGCAGAAUAAAGAAACACUGCAGGAUGUGGAGGAUGAAAAUCAGUGAGACAUUAAAAGCCAAGAAGAGACCCUCUCUAACCAACUGCCCCUUCCCUCCAAAUAUCCCGUCUCACUCUGAGGACCAUCAAAAUUUGACUUUUACACUGGUUCUCAGGAUUUAGGUUCCUGCCCAGUUGGGUGUAUCAUUUUUACACAGUUUAAGAAUUCUAAAAGGCAAGAGUGAAUGACUGUGGAUUUUGCUGCUGCCAGCCAUCUUAGGUUCUUUUAAGACACUAACAGGACUGCAUAGAGGCUUUUUCAGCAUUAGUUUGUCUCCGUGCCAUCCAGCACUAUAACCUCUUAGAAACACAUAGAACAAGCAAGACGUUACUCCGUAGGGCAGACCAGAGUCAAUCGCACUGUAGAAUUUGUGUGGUGGCUUUUUUUUCUUUUUUUUUGUAAAUGUUUGAAACUGAACUUCAUUCUGUUGUUUAAAAUGUGGUUAUAGCUUGAUGUUGCAGAUUGCUUCAGAAUGUCCUUGUAGUGGUUUUUGCUUUAAAAGUGUUUUCAAAACUGUGCAAAAAUGUCGCUGAAAACUCUGGUGCUGGUAUCACGUCAACAAUCCGUGUUUAUUCAUUCUUGCCUCCUUUUUACUUUCCCUCCUCAGAGCAGGUUAGCAUUGGAGCUGGUGUUGAAUAGCCUGCAUGCGUGUUUAAAUUUUUUGUUUUUCUAUCUUUCCCCCUCUGCCCUCCUUUUCUCUUGCUCAACCUCUUUUGUUCAGUAUGUGUAACUUGAAGCUAAUUUGUACUACUGGAUAUCUGACUGGAGCCACAGAUACAGAAUCUGUCAUUGUUCUUACUGAAACACAGCAUGGAAUUAACAUUAAACUUAAAUAAACAAAACCUAAAUUAAAAAUGCCAAAUAUUACCGUUA